GAGCCGGCCGGAAGCGGUGGUUGUCAGUGGAGACGCAGGCCGGCUGGGCUCGUUCUUUCUGCCGCCCGAGGAUGCGGGCUCUCUCCUCUCCCGGGGGGAGACUCCGGCAGCUGCUCUGGGUGACCUGGCUGAGCGGGAGCCUCCUGGCAGGAGCAGCAGCAGAGGAAAAUGCUGACCCACUGUCUGAAACUGCCCUACCUCUUAGCACAGAACGUGGUUCUGUCCUUACUGGAGAGCCUCAGGCACCAGUGCAGUACAAGACUGCAGAAAUUGCUGAUGCAAUGCUGGGUAGUGGGAUUCCUGCUGAUCAGUCUGUGGUGCUGUCAGUUAUUCCAGGAGAAGCAAAGGACAGACGCAUGUCUGAAUUCGGUAUUGGCACCUGCGAUGCAGCAGUAGAAGAUGCUGAAUGUAGUGUGGGGACUAGCCUUGCUUCUCACUUCUCACAGCCUGGUUCACAUGUUCAAGAACAAGCAGGGGACACUAAUGUAGUGCUAGAGGCUAUACCUGCUUCACCAGCUGAGGAAUCUAAUAGCACAGACAGUGUAAAAACUCCCAAAGUGAACUGUGAGGAAAGAAAUAUUACCGGGAUCAGAAACUUCACGCUACAAAUCCUGAAUGUUUCGCAAGACCUGAUGGAGUUUUUAAACCCAAACAGCAGUGACUGUACAUUAGUCUUGUUUUAUACACCCUGGUGUCGCUUCUCUGCCAAUCUGGCCCCUCAUUUUAAUUCUUUGCCCCGAGCAUUUCCAACUCUAAACUUCCUGGCAUUGGAUGCAUCUCAGCAUAGCAGUUUAUCAACCAGAUUUGGAACUGUGGCCGUUCCGAAUAUCCUCCUUUUCCAAGGAGCCAAACCCAUGGCCAGAUUUAAUCAUACAGACCGAACCCUGGAAAUGCUGAAAGCAUUCAUUUUUAAUCAGACAGGAAUAGAAGCUAAGAAUGAUGUGGUGGUAACUGAGGAAGACCGAGCAGGCCCUCUACCGAGUGUCCUAACAAAAGGAAUAGAUUGGUUACUUUUAUUCUCUUUAUUGUUUCUGGUUAGUUUUAUUAUGUAUGCUACCAUUCGGACUGAGAGCAUUCGUUGGCUAAUACCGGGACAAGAGCAGGAGCAUCAGGAAUAAGUUGAGAUAGUGACGUGAGAACACACUUCAUGCCUACAGAUAAAGCAGGAAUUUAUAUGAACUGAAAUUGCAUAAACUUGUACAGUGAAUUAGAUGGUUGUAAUUUAUAAUCUUAUUAGUUAAUUUAUAAUAAUAAAAUCACUUUUGUUCAUUAACUACUGUAUGUGUAAAGUCAAACUGCUGGUAAUUAAGUAAACAAAUACAAAAAGAUUCAGUAGAAGGGUUUUUAUUUAUUUAUUUAGGAAGUAUUAACAGGUUUACAAAUCCUUGCUGUGUAAAUAUCAGAAAACAAUAAUUAUUAUGAAGAUUGUUUGUUUUUUAAUAAACUGACUCACUUUUUUAGGAAUAAUGUUAAUUUGUUGCAAAAUUUUACUUUGAACUUGUAGUUAUCAGUAGUGUCAUACAGUGGGACGUUGAAAUAUUGCAGAUGAUCUUUAUAGGGAAAGUAAGAGUUCUACAGCCAGCGGUACUGCUUUGGCAGCAGUAAUGUACAACCACUUCCAUUAUUUUGGAAUUCAGGGAUCUCAGCCUUUUAAUGUGUUUUUCCUUUUCAAGACCCAUGACUACAAAUUCAAACUGCAUACAUGGAUAGAUGAUGUGUAUUGUAGAAAACCACAGAAAUUACUAGUAAUAGGUGUAAACCUACAUGGAAGAUGUUCAUGUUAUUGCAAGAAGGGAGAAGCCAAAAUAAAAGGUUAAAGGAUAUUAUAUGUCCUUAAAUAAAGGCAUCCAGCAUUUUAAAGAGGUCACUAAACAAAUUCAAAUUGGUGUUUUUCCACUGACAAGAUACAGUAACACAAAGGGAAAAGAUUACAGUAGAACCUCAGUGUAAUGAACACCAGAGUUAC